AAUAAAUGGAUAAAGUUUACAAUACGCUCAUCAGACGUCCUGGAAAUAAGAUUAUUGCCAUUGGAAAGAACUACCUUAACCAUGUUGCUGAAAUGGGAGGUAAAGAAGCGCCAAAAAAGCCAGUUAUUUUUGAGAAAGCAUUCACCAAUGUAGUCCCCCCUACUGAGCACGGAGAUUCUCAACUCCUAACUAUACAUUCAAAUAACUCAAUACAUCAUGAGAUUGAGCUUGGCGUUGUAAUUUCAAAGACCAUGAAGUUUUACAAUGCUGACGAAGACUGGAGAUCCUACAUUGGAGGAUACUUCCUUUGCUUAGAUUUAACAGAUAGGACUAUGCAAGCUCAAUUCAAAAAGAAGAGUCAUCCAUGGUUCCUUUCUAAAGCUCAGGACAACUUCAUGCCAGUUAGUGAAUUCAUUCCAGAGAAAGAUGUCAAAGAUCCAGAGAAUUUAGAUCUUCAAUUUAACAUCAAUGGGAAAGUUAUUCAGAAGGGAAAUACCAAGGAUAUGAUAUUCAAAAUCCCUAUCCUCCUUGAAUAUAUUAGCCAUUUCGCUACUCUUAAUGAAGGAGAUAUGAUAAUCACUGGAACCCCUGAAGGAGUAGGUCCAAUUGAAGAUAAGGAUGAACUUCAUGGCAUCCUAUCUGAGGAGGGAAACACAUUAGCUGAGCUCAAUUUGAAUGUCGAAAAGAAACCAUUCCCUACAAUGAAGCAUUUUAGCAAAAUCUAAA